AACGCCAAGGACAAAAUAAGUCAUGAGCUGAUUGCGGCUGCCGUCUCCUACGAGGCUGCUAGUCUCUAUGAGGAUCAGGUCGCUGAAAAUGGCUUUUAUACUGAUCUGGAUAUAUGUCCGCCUGAGAGCCACGAGAAGGCCAAGGAGGUUCUUGCUGCAAUUGCUGGAGGUAUCCUGGACCGUGAAGUUGAGACCAGGGGUCUCGAUUUCAUGAACCGGGAGCGGGCCAAGAGACAUGCUGAGCAUCAACUGACCGAAGCUUACUCUCAGAAUUACUAG